ACUGAAUUGAUAUGGUUGACAUUUCACCUAAUGUGAUUGUUAUAAAAAUAAAUAGGAUCCAACGCGCGUAAUUACGGAGGCAUUAAGAACUAUCGAUAUUAGAUAAUUGCUCUUAAUAAACUGAUUAUGUCUAUUCACGUAGAAAAUAACUUAAGAGAAUUAGGUGAUAAAAAAGCAUUUGAACAACGCGUACACUAUAUACCUUGUAAAAUUGAUGAGGAUGGCCCGGCUAACGUAGACAAGUAUUUUGAACCAUACGUAGUUGAAAACGAAGAAAAAGAGUUAUCUGCUACUUAUCGUGGGCACCCACUUGAUGGAGUGAAGAUAUCAGUUCCUGAAGGGUAUCAAGGUAUUAUUGUGACUGAAGCCAAGAGACCCCUUAAUGAGGAUGCAGAGAGAAAAUUUCAAGUGGCUGGUGGCUUCAAGGAUAUAACAUACUGGAACUGGGAUAAGAAACCAUCACAGAAUGAUAAUAUUGUAAAAGCAAUGGACUGGAUAGAUAUUGCUGAAAUAAUACAUGGAAACUGAAAUGAAAAAAUAUUUUAUAUAAUUUAUUUAAUAAAUUAACAAACAAAACUAUCUUCACAUCUUAUAAUUUACUACUAUUUGCUUUUGUGAGGUAUCAAUCAUCAAGUUGUAUCAAGUGUC